AAUACGUGUAUCCAUGUGGUGCUCUCCAGCUGCGAGGGAUUCUUCCACUGAGAUUUCGUCUGCCCCUCGUCGAGUGAAAGAAGAAGGCUGGCGACCAGAUCUCGAACUGCAGAAAAUAUUUGAGAAAUCUGCUUGAGGAUUUUACAACUUCCCUGUCUUUUUUUUUUUGUUGUAAAUGUACAGAACUCCUAAGAGAUGUAUCAGGAGAAAAAAAAAUUCCGAUCUUGUUGCAUUUUUCUUGACGAUGGAUAUAUCCCUCAGUUUAUGUUUGCUGCUGGGCUCUCACUGUCGGGCCUGUAGCAGUCUCGAACUAUAAAAGGUGUCGAUCCAUGGAAAGGAAUCAAUCUCCUCUCUUCAAUGCGAAGCUUGUCGAUCACGAGAAUGGCAUUCGUGUCUAUGAACCACCAGGCAGUGCCAGUGAUACUCCUGCGUAUCAAGUAGUGGCGGGUGGUGGCUGGAGUGCCAGUGCCACUCCUCCGUUCCAAGGAGUGGCCGGUGGCAGCGGUGGUCUUUCUUCCGGCAAUAGCUCCGGGGAGUCAUUCAAGAGGAAGCGUGGCCGUCCGAGGAAGUAUGGUCCAGAUGGUACGCCGAUUCUUGCUGUGUCCCCGCUUUCCAGAAGUCCUGCUCCUCCAACGUUCUCUCCGGCUACUAAUAUGGCAGCAACAGUUGCAGCGGAGGGUGCCAAAAAGUCUAGAGGCCGUCCACGAGGUUCAACCAACAAGAGACACAUAAAGGCACUUGGUUCAACUGGGACUGGAUUUAUGCCACACGUCAUAGCAGUUCAAACUGGAGAGGAUGUAUCAGCCAAGAUAAUGGAAUUCUCGCAGCAAAGCAGACGCGCAAUUUGUGUUCUGUCGGCAAAUGGUGCAAUUGCAAAUGCUUCUCUCCGUCAGAUUUCUACUUCUGGUGGUACAGUUACUUAUGAGGGUCGUUUUGAAGUCUUGUCACUCUCUGGAUCAUUGCUGCUGAGCCACAGUGGAGGUAAGCAGAGCAGAACAGGUGGUCUCAGUGUUUCACUAGCUGGUCCCGAUGGACAUGUUAUAGGCGGCGGAGUGGCCGGUGUGUUGAUAGCAGCUUCACCAAUGCAGGUGAUUGUCGGCAGCUUUACUUCUGAAGGGAAGAAGGAAACUGGACACUCCGGUGCAAAAGACUUUGAAAUGCUCGCUUCACUUGCUGAGAGCUUCUCACCUUGAGCACUGCACCUGGCUGCAACACACAAUGAACUAAUUAUCAUCUGUAGAGUUUCCUAGCCAUCCCCAAAAUUGCAGCACACUGGCUGCAUUCGCAAAAUCUGAAUGCAUUUUUACUAUGUACUCAUCUCUGUAUCUGCUGUAAAUUUAUUGUACCUAGCUAAGAUAUCACCUGUGUUACAAGUAUCAAUUUGUAUGUACAUGUCUUUCUCUAUGUGAAUAUAUGACAAGAUUUGUCUUUAGUUUUCA